UUCGCUAUGCUCGCGCCGCUCGACGCACUGGGCCACAACUAUGGCGUCUAUACUGUCACCGACCAGAGCCCGCGGCUGGCCAAGGAGAUUGCCAUCGGCCGCUGCUUCGACGGCUCCUCCGACGGCUUCUCCCGGGAAAUGAAGGCAGAUGCGGGCACAGCUGUCACCUUCCAGUGCCGUGAACCCCGUGCCAGACCCAGCCUCUUCCAGCGGCUGCUGGAGAACCCAGAAUCGGCGCUUGGUGACAUCCGUAGGGAGAUGGGUCAGGCCAACCGCGAUUCCCGGCUUGCCCAAACCCAGGCCGGAAAUACCGACCCCUUCGGUCUGCCCCCCGGACAGUGAUCUGGUUCACCACCUCGCUUCUCUGCCUUGCUUUAGACUCUGGCGUCUUCAGAAAGCCUUGCCCCGUUUUGUCCCCAGGCUUCUGGGUCCCCUUUCCCCUUUCCUGCCCGGAAUUUGGUCAAGACAAAAACUGUGGGUGCUGAUGAGAGUUUUGGGCAGACAGCUGUGGCUCUGUGAUCAGAAAGAAUGUUGGGCCGAGGACAUGGUUGUCCGCCUGAGGCCUGGGCCUCACUCCAGCCUAGGCAGGCUCUGGCUCACUCCCAUGCCCAGGCAGGCUCUGGCUCACUCCCAUGCCCAGUCCUUGAUUUGAAAUCACUAGGUGGCAGCCUGUUUGUGAGCUUUGUGGGACUCCCUGCGCCAGCUUUGGUUCUGAGGUCAUAUUUAUUGUUUCAGUGAGUGGGGAUCCAGUUUGGCCCCAUGGAAUGUGAGGAAAGGGUGCUUUGGGGCCCCCCAUGCAGUGGAAGCUGGCGCUGCAGGGUGGUGAUUCCUUGGUGCUUGGGAACGCCCUCCACUUGGGGGCAGGUGCUAUGGAGCUCAAUUAAACACUGUAUUCCUAA